CUUGUGCGUGAGGGGCGGGUCUUACAGUGCCACGUUGAUGGACGCCAGUGGGGACGUGGAAGCUCCAGUGCUCGUCUCGCGGCCGGGCCAGUGAUCACAGCGCGAGCGUAGCAGCCAGGAGCGGGGCUGUGUGGGACGAGGACGACAGGGCGACGAGGGACUCGGCUCGGCAACUGCUUCAUUCCGUGGGAGAGGAGGCGCACAGAAACGGGAAGAUGAAGCUGAAGGAGAUUGACCGUACUGCGAUACAGGCCUGGAGCCCAGCACAGCACCACCCUAUCUACUUGGCAACAGGAACAUCUGCCCAGCAGCUUGAUGCCACUUUCAGCACCAGUGCCUCACUUGAGAUUUUUGAGUUGGACUUGGCAGAUCUCUCACUGGAUAUGAAGCCCUGUGGCACCUUCUCCUCUUCCCACAGGUACCACAGGUUGGUGUGGGGUCCCCACGGGAUGGAUUCAGAGGCACACCCCUCGGGGGUGCUAAUUGCAGGGGGUGAGAACGGCAAUGUCAUUCUCUAUGACCCUGCAAAAAUUAUUGCAGGCGACAGCGAGGUGAUCAUUGCUCAGAACAACAAGCACACUGGGCCAGUGCGAGCCCUGGACGUUAAUUCCUACCAGACAAACCUGAUUGCUUCUGGAGGCAAUGAGUCAGAAAUUUACAUCUGGGACCUCAACAACUUCGGUUCUCCAAUGACACCAGGACCAAAAACUCAGCCCCUAGAGGACAUCAGUUGCGUGGCAUGGAAUGGCCAGGUCCAGCACAUCCUGGCUUCAGCCAGCCCAAGUGGCCGUGCCUCAGUGUGGGACCUCAGGAAAAAUGACCUCAUCAUCAAAGUCAGCGAUCACAGCAAUAGGAUGCACUGCUCUGGGCUUGCCUGGAACCCGGAAGUAGCCACCCAGCUGGUCUUAGCUUCUGAGGACGACCGCAUGCCUGUCAUUCAAGUGUGGGACCUGCGCUUUGCUACAUCUCCCCUAAAAGUCUUGGAGAAUCACACCAGGGGUGUUCUGGCUAUUGCUUGGAGUCUGGCUGAUCCAGAACUGCUGUUGAGCUGUGGGAAGGACAACAGGAUCCUGUGCUGGAACCCUAACACUGCAGAGGUACUCUAUGAGCUUCCCACCAGCACACAGUGGUGCUUUGACAUCCAAUGGUGCCCCAGGAACCCCGCUUUGCUGUCAGCUGCUGCCUUCGAUGGACACAUCAGCAUCUAUUCCAUCAUGGGUGGGAACAAUGACUGCCAGAGGCAGAAGAACACGGAUCAGCUCAGUUCCUCUUUUGGAAACUUGGAUCCAUUUGGUACAGGCCAGGCAUUGCCCCCUCUACAGCUGCCCCAGCCAAGUGCCACCAAGAGCACUCCGACUCCGCUCAAGAAACCCCCUAAAUGGAUCCGUGUUCCUGUCGGGGCAUCGUUUGCUUUUGGUGGCAAGCUAGUGACGCUGGAGAAUGUCAUGGCAAAUCCCCAACAACCACACCAGCCUGCGCCAUUGGUUCAUGUGAACCAGGUUGUCACAGAAACUGCUUUCUUGGACCGCUCGAACCAGCUUCAGGCAGCCAUGACAGCAGGAAACUUUGCUGACUUCUGCCAGUCCAAGAUAAAGGCUGCUGAAAAUGAGUUUGAAAGGACAGUGUGGUCUUUCCUAAAGGUCAACUUUGAAAAUGAUACUCGUGGCAAGUACUUGGAGCUGUUGGGUUACAAUAAGGAGGAACUGGCCCUCAAGAUAUCUGCAGCCCUACAGAAGGACAACGUUAAGCCCAAAACGCUGGUUUCUGCUCCUGAUGCUGAACUUGCUCCCAGCCCUGAAUCUCAAAAGAUACUUGAGCCUGACCCUAAACCCAAAUCUGAGCUUGACCUCAAAUCUCAGGCUGCGCUUGAACUAAAUUCUGAUCCUGAACCUGAGCUUGAUCUUCAAUCUGUGGCUGAACCUCUACCUGAACCCCAGACUGAGUUGAAAACAGAGCCUGGAUGUGAUCUGGAAUCUGAGCAGAUAGUCGCCAGUACAGAUGCUGGCCUGCAAGAGGAAGAGGUUGAUCUGGAAGAGUUGGGUGACAAGAAGGUUGAGGAAGAUGAAGCGCAUCUGAAGAAGUCCACUUCAGCCACGGAAGCCAUUAAAUUGAGAGUCAGUGAAGAUGUUGAUGGACUGAUAACUCAGGCCCUCCUCACUGGAGAUUUUGAGGGAGCUGUAAACCUCUGUCUCCAUGACAACCGCAUGGCUGACAGCAUCAUCCUGGCCAUAGCAGGAGGGCAGGAGUUGCUGGAGAAGACGCAGAAGAAGUACUUUGGUAGAUCACCCAGCAAAAUCACCAAGCUGAUCAGUGCAGUGGUGACGAGGGACUGGCAGGACAUUCUGGAGACAUGUGACCUGCAGAACUGGAAGGAGGCGCUGGCGGCAAUCAUGACCUACGCCCGUCCAGAGGAGUUCUCCACCUUCUGUGAGUUGCUUGGCUCACGACUUGAGGCCAGUGGUGACCUGGAGCUGCGUGCCCAGGCCUGCCUGUGCUAUGUCUGCGCAGGAAACGUGGAGAAGCUGGUAGCCUGCUGGACAGGAGAACACCAUGGACAUUCCCCACUCUCCUUGCAGGACCUUGUGGAGAAGGUGGUGGUGCUACAGCGUGCAGUACAACAGACCAAGGGAGCCACCCCUGCUGUCAUGGGUGCCCUCUGGGCUGACAAGAUGAGCCAUUACGCCAACCUGCUGGCCUCUCAGGGCAGCCUAGUCACAGCUGCUGCUUACCUUCCUGAUGGCUCUGACCAGCCUGCUGUACAGCAUCUACGGGAGCGCCUUCGCAGGGCCCUUGGGGAUACAUCAGCAGCACCCACUACCCCAAGCCUUGUUCCAGGCAGACAGCCUGCAACUCAAGCUAGAACCUCAGCUAGGCCAGCCUUUGCCCCAGGACAGCAGCCUCACAGCCCAGUGACUGCCCCUGCACAGGCAAUGACCCCUGCACCUCAGUAUUACCAACAGGUUAGGUCUGCCUCUACGGUCACUUCCUGGAGUGACCAAACCCCUACAGCCCUUCCCAGUUUUCCUCCUCCACUAGGCUCCGCCUCAGACCCACAGGCUGAACCGUUUCCCCCUGGUUUUGGGAUGCAGCCUUUGCCUAACCCCUCUGUGCCAGUCUCUGCUGCCUCUGGGUACAUGUACUCCCAGCAGUACCCACAGAUUUACCCCCAAGUCCAGCAAUACUCGCCAGGAGCUGGGGGGCCCUCUAUCUAUCAACCUCAACAGUAUGCAUCCCCUGCUGCACCUCCUCUUCCUGCCUCCUCUGCAGCUGCUGUCUAUCAAUCUCAGUAUUUACACCCAGCACCCCUACAUCAUCCUCUGCCUCCUGUUUUUGUGGGAGGCUCUGCUCUGCCUUCUCCUUCCACUUCUUCGUUUUCUCCUCCUCCUCUGUCAUCUGGAGCCUCCUUUCAGCACAGUGGGCCAGGAGUGCCCACCUCCUACCCACUUCCUCCACCAUCUGGACCAACAGGGGGAGCCAGUGGUCCAGAUAUAACCUGUUUCCUGGAAGGACCCCAGAAUGGCUGGAAUGACCCCCCUACUCUGAACCGUGUGCCAAAGAAGAAGGUCCCAGAACAUUACACUCCCCCUGCCCCCAUAACUGCACCCAUUAUGGCACCUCUUGGGGACCCCCAAUCCCCCUCUACUGUGCAGCCCCAGCAGAUGAAUGCAGGGCAGCCUGGCAUCCAGCCUGGAAUCCAGAACCCCUACCUCACCAUCCAGCAGCCUCAAGCCUCAACCCCUGGAUACCCAGCCAUACCUACCAUGAACCCGGAAGGUGCACCGGGGGGUCCAAUUGGAGAUGUCAUACAGCCUACGCAGUCUAUGCCUGCAGAGAAGAUUACCAAAAAGCCUAUUCCUGAGGAGCACAUAAUCCUUAAGACAACGUUUGAAGGACUCAUUCAGAGAUGUUUGGCUGCUGCCACUGACCCUCAAACAAAGAGGAAGCUGGAUGAUGCAAACAAACGCCUUGAGUUUCUGUAUGAUAAACUACGAGAACAGACACUAUCCCCAGCCAUUGUUGGUGGCCUGCACAACAUGGCACGCAGCAUUGAGACGCGCUCCUAUGCAGAUGGCCUCAGCAUCCACACACACAUUGUCAGUAACAGCAACUUCAGUGAGACAUCAGCCUUCAUGCCCGUGCUGAAGGUGGUCUUGACGCAGGCCAACAAGCUUGGGGUGUGAUCCAUGGGAGGCUUCUCUACAGGACACUGCAAUGCAGACACAAGCCAUCAGUGCAAAACAACACCUGUGCUAACAGUAGGACCAAGGAGCGUGGCUGUCAAUGUCUUACCUUUCCUGAAGUAUAUUAGAAUAUCCAAGAAUUUUUAAAUGUUUUUAUCUUAUUUUUUAAUCUGUAAUGAAAUUCAGGCAGAAUAGAGUGCAAUGGGAUUUACUAUCUUAUGUUGUUCAUUUUAAAAACAAAAUCUUUUUAUGAUUGUUGGCAAGAUAUAUGCUUGCAUCACCAAAAUAUGUGUAUUAUGCAUUAAAAUGUCAGGUUAAAGGAGGGACCUGAAUUUAAUUGUCUCACCAGGAUUUAAUUUUAUCAUUUUUUCUGUAUUGGUAGGCUGUUCAACAGCUGUCAUUGUGCUGCCUGUCACCUUUUUGUUGAGGAUAACUGAUUUUU